GAUUCCAAAAAUCUAUUUACCAAACGUUCUAUUCACAACCGCAAAUCAAAUCAACACCCUCUUUAUUCUUACCAGACUGUACUCUCGCCACUCCACGCUCUCUCUCCUUCUCUCCCGGAGAACGAACUUCAGGAGACAAGUUUUAUUUCAAUGUCAGAGGUGAAGAGGGGCAGAAAGAUGGUGGAUCAGGAAGAAGCGAAUCCAGUAGUCAGAGUGGCAGCCAUAUCUGGGUCUCUUCGUAAACGUUCCAACCACCGAGGCCUCAUUCGUGCCGCAAUCCAACUAUGCGAGGACUCGAUCGACGGCAUGCAAAUUGAGCACAUAGAGAUCGAGCAGCUACCGAUGCUAAAUACAGAUCUUGAAGACAAGGGAACUUACCCACCAGUGGUUGAAGCUUUUCGUGAGAAAAUAAAAGAAGCUGAUUGUGUUCUGUUUGCUUCGCCUGAGUACAAUUUCUCCCUCUCUGCACCUCUGAAGAAUGCUGUUGACUGGGCAUCUAGACCCCCAAAUGCCUGGGCUGACAAGCCUGCUGCAAUCAUAAGUACGGGAGGAAAUGCUGGUGGAGAACGAGCACAGUAUCAUCUUCGUCAAGUUGGAGUUUUUCUUAAUCUCCACUUCAUUAAUAAACCGUUGUUUUGCAUUAAUGCAUUCCAGCCUCCGACAAAGUUUGAUAAAGAUGGCAACCUGAUCAACGAGGAGGUCAUAGAGAAGUUGAAGCAAGUUCUUCUAGCCUUGCAUGCGUUUACCUUGCGUCUCCAGGGCAAGUAAAUGAGAGUGUGUGUGAUUCUCAAACACAACAAAAAUAUUUGAUUCGUCCUGCAAUAUUGGACUUGACAUUAAUUUCGGGCACUCCUUUUUUUCUCGCUCUUUUGAAUAUAGACAUUUAACGAUGCAGCUGGGAUGCAGCUUAUCUUGUUUGCACCUUCCUUUCAUAAUCAUUUACAGUCAAAGGAGAAGCUUAGCUAUAACUUGUCCCGAAAUUGAUGACUGUUAUGCAUUAUAUGCUAUAUCAGUUUGUACCUUUCGGUUGUUCUGGCUAUAAUUUGGAAUGAACUCCUUUUCAACC